UAAUAUCAGCAAGCAGCACGCAGCAAAAGGGAAAGCUUCAAGAUUCCCAUCCGCCACACAUCGCCUGUACCCCCCAUCUCAGCCAUCACAUCGUCGCUAUCAACAAACGCAUGAGAACAGACCUUGUGGAUGGUGCGGAGGAUUACGACAUCCUCGUGAUAGAUGUCCAGCAAAGGACAAGACCUGCAAGACGUGUUCUAAACUUGGUCAUUUCUCUAAAGUUUGUAGAUCAGGUAACAAACCUUCUACACACCGUCGACACAGCACAGCACAUGUGAAACAUGUCACCAGCAACCUAAAUGAAAGCAGUGACACCUCAGAGGAAGACUACGUUUUCGGUGUCAAAACCAACCAGAAGACUCCCCAAGUGAACUUAGAUCUCUCAGGAGAGAGCAUCCCUUUUCUAAUUGACACUGGAGCAUCUGUAAACAUUCUAAAUGAGCAAUCCUACAAGAGCCUUAGCCAUACACACAAGCUGACCCCCUCAUCUACACGUCUCUUUGCAUACGGCAGUAACAAACCACUGCAAGUCAUUGGACAAUUCGAGUCCACCUUAAAAUACAAGAAACACCCCGUGCAAGCAACCUUCCAUGUGGUUCGUUCACAAAAAUCAACGAAAUGUGGCAAUCUUUUAAGUGCAAAAACAGCAGAAGACAUGGAACUUGUAAAUUUCGCAUUCAGUGCGACAACCACACCUACUCAUUCUUUAACAAACAGUCUCUGCAGUGAAUCCCCAGAGCUAUUUAAAGGUCUCGGCAAAUUAAAGGGCAUCAAGGUCACACUGCAUCAGGACCCGUCAGUCCAACCUGUCGCCCAACCACAUCGCCGAAUACCCUUUCACCUCAGAAAGAGAGUGGAGGAAGAGAUCCAACGCCUAGAGCAGCUCGACAUUAUCGAGAAAGUGGAUGGUCCGACACCAUGGAUUUCUCCCAUUGUCGUGGUGCCCAAACCCAAAAAACCUGGUGAAAUUCGACUCUGUGUGGACAUGCGUGCUCCCAACAAGGCAAUCAAGAGAACACGCCAUAUCAUGCCCACACUAGAUGACAUUCUGAUGCGUUUAAAUCAAGCCAAAUGGUUCACCAAGCUUGACCUCAACCAAGGCUAUCAUCAACUGGAGCUUGAUCAAGAAUCAAGAAACAUAACUACAUUUUCAACGCAUAUUGGCCUUCGUCGAUACAAGCGACUGAAUUUCGGUGUCACAAGCGCUGCAGAAAUAUUUCAGAACCACAUUUCAGAAGUUCUCUCCGACAUCAACAACUGCCUCAACACCAGUGACGACAUCCUGGUCUACGGUAAAACGCAACAAGAACACGACGACUCUUUGAAGAAAGUCUUUGAGCGCCUGAAGGAGAAAAACCUCACACUGAACAAACAAAAAUGCGAGUUCAAUAAAAACUCCAUUGAAUUUUAUGGAUUUAUCUUUGGAGGAGACGGCGUCUCUCCAGAUCCCAAGAAAAUCAAAGCAGUCCACGAAAUGCCGGCACCAACGAAUCAAAAGGAAGUUCGCAGCUUCCUAGGCAUGACUAACUACGUCUCUCGGUUCAUCAAGGACUAUGCUGACCUCACAAAACCACUCAGAGACCUAACACGCAAAAAUACACCCUGGUCGUGGUCCGAAGAACACCAGAAAUCGUUCAACACACUCAAAGACAUGAUCACCUGUGACAAAGUCAUGACCUACUUUGACCCCAAUCUCCUCACUGAGAUCACCGUUGAUGCAAGUCCAUUUGGACUUGGCUGCAUUCUCUCACAGCGUGACAACAACAACGUUCACAUAGUGGCAUACGCAAGUCGUGCUUUGACUGAUGUCGAGUCACGAUACUCUCAAACCGAGCGAGAAGCUCUUGCCGUCGUCUGGGCGUGUGAACAUUUCAACCUGUACUUACUUGGUCAACACUUCACAGUAAUCUCUGACCACAAACCCCUUGAAGGAAUCUUCAACAGCACAACAUCCAGAACCUCAGCAAGAAUUGAACGAUGGAAUCUCAGACUCCAACCUUACGACUUCACCCUACGCUACCAGCCAGGAGCGAAUAAUCCAGCUGACUUCCUCAGCAGACACCCUCAUGAGAAAAACAACGUGACCUCCAGUCAUAUGGCUAAAAUCGCAGACGACUACGUCAACUUCAUGGCCGGUCAUUCAGUCCCUAAAGCCAUGACUCUGGAAGAAAUUGCCAGCGCAUCAGAAAGCGACCCAACACUCCAAGCAGUCAUCAAAUCUGUUCAAACAGAUCAUUGGCACACGCCGCCUGAAAUCACUGUAGAUGCUGCCACUUACCAAGUCUUCAAAACUGUUCGUGAAGAACUCUCUGUUCACAAAGACGGAACAAUUUUACUGCGUGGCACACAAAUCGUUAUCCCUAGAUCAUUGCAACAGCAUGUCAUCAACAUUGCUCAUGAAGGACAUCAAGGCAUCGUUAAGACUAAACAACUCCUGCGUGAAAAGGUUUGGUUUCCCCACAUUGAUCGUCGAGUGGAGAACACUGUCAAAUCAUGUCUAGCAUGCCUGUCAACAAUUCCAGAACACCAUUCUGAACCACAAAGAAUGACUCCUUUGCCAACGAAACUUUGGUCUGAAGUUAGUAUCGACUUCUGUGGACCAUUCCCUUCUAGUGACUAUCUACUAGUUGUCAUAGAUGACUACUCACGUUUCCCAGAAGUAGAAAUCCUGUCAUCUACCAGUGCAAGAGCCACAAUCCCCAAACUUGACUCCAUCUUCGCUCGUCAUGGUGUCCCACACACCGUCAAGUCUGACAAUGGUCCACCCUUCUCCAGCUACGAAUUCAAACAGUUUGCUUCGCAGCUAGGAUGUAAACACCGCAGAAUAACUCCUCUCUGGCCCCAAGCCAAUGGUGGUGUUGAAAGAUUCAUGCGAAUGCUCAAGAAAACAGUGCAGUCUGCACACAUUGAAGGCAAGCCUUGGAAACAAGAACUAUAUCACUUUUUGAGGAAUUACCGAGCUACCCCCCACAUCAGCACUGGUGUAAGCCCAGCUGAAGCUCUGUUCAAACGCAACAUCAGAGUGAAACUACCUCAGAUAGAUUCACUCAUGAAACCACCAACGACUGACAAUGACAUUCGUCAACAUGACACCAACAAAAAGGAGGCAGCAAAACGGUACGCUGACGAUCGUCGACAUGCCCGAAAUUCCGACAUACAAGUAGGAGACACUGUCCUCGCUCGUCAACCCUACAAAAACAAACUGUCAUCGUUCUAUGACCAUGAUCCGUACCAAGUAACCUCAAAGAAAGGUCCAAUGGUCACCGCCAGUCGCAAUGGCAAAAACAUGACAAGAAACACUUCAUUCUUCAAAAGAGUGCCUGAUACUCUGAAAUCGUCCAACCCUACAAACUCAACAGAGGAAGAAGAGGAGGAUGAGGACAAUGAAGCUUCGAAUGAAACAGCAGACAAUCAAAACCCAACUACUACCAAUGAACCAAUCGCGACUGAACGUCCACAACGUCACCGUAAGCGUCCUGGAUACCUAAAAGACUAUGUGACUAACUC